UUUACUUUUGUAUCUGUUUAGUUCUCGCGCGUGUCGGUUGGCGGUAUUUUGUGUAUAAUAUUUACAAGUUGCGUGCCAUGUAUUAAAAUAUGAAUAACAUACAAAAAUUUUCGUGGUUAAGAUGGUGUCUAAUGUUAUAUGUGAUUACAUUUUCAACUGGCUUCGAGAGUCAACCAAAUAUUCUCUUCAUUAUGGUUGACGACAUGGGUUGGAAUGAUGUUUCGUAUCAUGGCUCGGAUCAGAUCUCUACUCCCAACAUCGAUGCCCUGGCAAGCCGCGGUGUUAUUCUCCAACAAUACUACAGCGAAGCUAUCUGCACUCCAGCCAGAACAGCGCUGCUCACUGGAAAAUACCCCAUGAGGCUUGGAAUGCAAGGCAUGCCUCUGUAUAAUUCCGAAGAUCGCGGGAUUCCUCUGACAGAGAGGUUGCUGCCAGCAUACUUGCAGGAGAUAGGAUACAAGACUCACUUAGUUGGCAAAUGGCACGUCGGUAUGUCUAAGAAUGAGUAUCUGCCAACUAAUCGUGGUUAUGACAGCCAUUAUGGAAUGCGGGGAGGUUUUGUGGAUUAUUACACUUACGAUAAAGUCGAAACGUGGCCUGACGGUAGACUCCUGUACGGAAUGGAUUUCUUUGAUGACGACGUACCACAGUUUGAGGAGCAGCGAUAUAUUGUUGAUGCGCUUACAGACAGAGCUAUUGAUAUAAUCUACUCACAUAACACUUCAUGUCCUCUGUUUCUGCAUUAUACAUCGUGUGCUCCUCACGCUGGUAAUGCGGGAGGUUCUGUACAACCCCCGCUGUUCUCUUUCUUGAACCUGAAGUACAUUGCCAAUUCUGAUAGACGGCUUUACGCAAAGGUUGUAAGACACCUAGACUACAGUAUUGGUAGAUUAGUGGGAGCAUUAGCAGACAAAGGAAUUCUGCACAAUACAAUGAUUGCGUUCAUGUCAGAUAACGGUGCCCCAACCGAUGGUAUGUUCAGUAACUGGGGUGUCAACUUGCCAUUUAGAGGAAGAAAACAAACUCCCUGGGAAGGUGCCGUCCGCGUUCCAGCGUUUGUUUGGCACUCGUCCUUAAAGCCCAUGGUGUGGGAUGGCCUAAUGCACAUUACUGAUUGGAUGCCCACUUUGCUUGCCGCAGCUGGAGGGGAAGUAGAUACAGAAAUUGAUGGAUUCAAUCAAUGGCCAUCCAUAGUAGAAGGCCAACAAUCACAAAGAAAAGAAGUCUUGAUUGCAAUUGAAGACCGCAAUACAGUAUAUGCUGCUUAUAGAUUUGGAGAUUACAAACUUAUUAUUGGUAAUGUUACUGGCUUGGGAAACGGAUACUACGGUGCGGAGUAUCUUCCAAUUAAAGAUACACCACCUGAUUAUUUCACUGAAUUGACAUCGUCAGUAGUUGCAAAAGUAUUUGGAACAUAUGGAAUUUACUACGAUCAUGAUGAAGUCAUAGAAACAAGGAAAGCGACACUGAUUCAGCAGUUAGAUACAGUUAGAGAUCAAGUGCCUUGCGAGCCAACUCCGACCCGUGGUUGUUUGUACAACGUAAGACAAGAUCCAGCAGAAAGUCACGACCUCUGGUCGCGUGGUCAAAAGAUUUCAGCGCCGAUGAUAACAAGACUCCGAGCUCUAUGGAGUGAAAUGCAAAGCCGAGGACCAACUGUCCUAGAUGAUGCAGCAGAUCCUGCUUAUCAUGACUACGUUUGGUUGACUUGGAAAGACAACAGUUCUAUAAGUGAAAAUCUCUCAACGAACAACUACGCUUUGAUACAAAAUAACAACUUUUUAAAUAGUAACAAAAUAAAUUUCGCUGUCGCUUAUUCUUCUAAUAUAGUAAGCUGUGAUAAGUCCACAGGCUUAAGAAAUUUUUGGUGUAUGAUACAAAACGUAUUUAAGUAAAUAAUGCAUUUAUAGGAUUAAGUAGGUAUAGAAAAAUAGUGAGAGAAGAAACCUUUUGGAAAGGAUGUCCUUGAAAAUAGAUACUUAUAGUUACCGUUAAACCAAUUAAUAUAAGUAUACUAAUAAAAAAAAACCGUCAAUCGUCACAAGUGAAAAUUCCAAACUUCAUAAACUUUUAAAACAUUUUUUGGGUUAGGUAAUAAGAAAACAUUUUGGAAAGUAAUUUUUAUUUGAAAUUAUUUUAUCAAUUUAUAAAUGUUGUGUUAAUAUUUUUGCACUGUUAUGCAUAAAAACUAUGUUUAUAAAAUCAAUUCAUCGGUAUUUAAACAAUCUAAAUAACAAUGCACUAAAAAGAAAAAAAAAUGCUGUGUAUUUUUAUACAAUCUAAUUAAUCUAAUUCUAGUUACUAUCACGGAAUAGUAAAAAAAUAAGGACUCCGUGUCACCUUACAUAACAGUGAAGCACCAAACCAAGCCGAUUAACGUGUAAAUACAUAGCCCCACGCACACACACUACUACAGGCCGAUAGGCGGCCAUUAUGAGAAUAGUCAUCGUCUGUGACAGAUCAGUUUGCGUCUCAAUAAAAUAUUUUAAAAAUGCCGUCGUGCGUUGUGAAAAAAUGUAAAAACGAUACUUUAUAAGUAUUUGUGGCCAUAUAUGAUUAUUUAUGUGAGAAAAAAUUGUGUAACUAGUAUCCCCCGUAACCGCACACAGACUAGCAUAACGGUGCUUCACUUGCUAAUAUCACGGCGUGGAGUCCUUUUUUUAUUCGUCUGCGGUUACUAUUAAGGUUAUUUUUGGAGUCGGUGUCAGCCAAGGUAGGUUUGUCAUUAUAAUACAUAGCUGAGAUGUGCUUGAGUCGCACGCGCGUCGUGAGGAGGCGAAUGGCGAGGGUGGAGCCGCGGCGGGAGGAUCAAUUCCAAAAAUAACAAUAAUUGUAACUAGAAUUGCAUUAUCUGGUUUCGGACAACAUUUUCAAGCAGCUGUUCUGUUUUCAAGGACAUCCCUGUGGAAGCUAUAUUAUUUAUGUAUAGGUAUGUAUGUUGUCAAUGAUGUACUAUCGACAAAAUUGAAUUGUGACCUAUCUUAAUGUAUUUUCCUACAGUCAUAACAAACAAUUAGGUUGAAAUUCGCUUGAAGAUAUUUACUAGGUAACUGCAGUUAUCAUUUUAUUAGACACUGACGGUGUUAUUACAAAAAAUAAAUUUAAACAUGACUAAGAGACGUGUUUUGUUAUAGUGACCUAACUAUAAAAACGUCAGUGACGUACUACGAACAAUAACCACGUCUUAAAUGGAGUCAUCUAUUUUUAUACCCGAAAAUUUUUAAUUAUUUUUUAAUUUUUUAUUACUUUAAUUGGCAAUACAACGUUUGCUGGGACAGUCUAUCUGUUAGACACAUGUUACGGCCGUUCGAAAUAUUCAGUCUAUCUCUGGUUGUGGCCUACUUAAGAUAAAAAUCGUAACCAUCGUUGACUUUUGUGUCCCAAUAAACUUAUCGACGGUAACUCACCUUAUCCGUACACGCUGUCUGUCAGUGGGAUGACGUAUAGCUUGCCAGCGAUAGAAGUUUGUAUGGAAAUUGCAAUUCACGCGUUCCAAUGUAAGGCGAUGAGAAUGACUUAUCGGGUACAUUGGGACAGCUUCAGAUUAUUGACAGCUAAUUCCUGGCAGUAGAAGGUGGUAAUUUAUUCUGUAGAUAGUAUAUUUGGACCGGCCGUUAGUCUAUUCCGUUCUUCAAGUACGUUUCAGGUAGGUCAGUUGUCCGAGUAAUACGGCCACUCAAUAAAUUUCUAACAAAUUAUCGUUCAUAUAUAUAUGUAAUAUGUAAAUCGAUAUAUAUAUGUAAUAGUACUUUUUAAAACAACUGUUCAACACAUGUUUAUCUCUUUUGAAGCAACACAAUGACAGGCCAGAAAUUGUCAUACAAUAUUUUUCAUGCAAAUACAAACCUAACUGUUUUUAUGAUUUUAAAAGACAAAGUGGGUCAGAAAUCAAUUUUGUCGAUGACACACUAUUGUGCUAACAAAGAGGAUGUAAAUACUACGUAAUAAGAGGCAGGACUACCUAAGUAAAAAUUGAAAUAUAGUUUAGUAUGAAACGUGAAGUCAUUUGACAUAAGUUUGAAAUAGUAAUUACAAUAUGGCGACGAAGUAUAAUCCGGCCAAGUUUGAAAGCGAACAGUUGCUUAAAACGUAGUGGAUUUCGGCUAUCUCCGUUUUUUACAAGAUUAUAGCCGUCAUCUGUCAAUCUACCAAUGACAGCACAUUUCAUACAAUCACUUUUUUCUUAGAGAGUGCUGUGCGCUGUAAGUUAUAAGCACUACAAAGUAGUGAAUUCAGUCAUAUAUUAUCACUGCUAUUUUAUUAGAUUACAAACAUAACAUUCUGUUAUGGUCUGUUUUGAAAUGACCAUUAAUAAAUCACAGGGUCAGUCGUUAAAAACGGCAGGGAUUGACCUAAGGGGGGACUGCCUCUCACACGGGCAGUUUUACGUGGCUUGUUCUAGAGUAAGUUCGCCGAGCAGUUUGGUCAUACUAGCACCUCAAGGCAGAACCACUAAUGUAGUGUAUAAGGAAGUACAUUAAGUCGAAAACAGUACAAAUAAAUGAUUAUAUCUAUAUAAA